AUCCUCUUCAAUAGGAGACCGAUAGUUCAACCCGGCGGAAACAAUGAUGUAGUGUGUCAGAAUUUCAUCAUUUUAGAACAGAUUGUUAUUUCAUCGCUCAAAAAGGUUUCUUACAUUUGUUGCACGUUUCUUAACGUUGAUAAGCUCGAGAUGCCGACCGUCGCAGUAAAUACGUCAGAACUGUUCCAUAUUCUUGGGAAAAAAUACACAUUUGAAGAGUUUGACAAUCUAUGUUUCGAUUUUGGCCUUGAAGCUGAAGUAGCGGAGGAGGAGGAUGGUCAGGGUGAACCAGGACAGGAACAGUUCAAAAUAGAAGUGCCUGCCAACAGAUAUGACCUGCUCUGCAUUGAAGGCAUUGGAAGAGCACUGCUGGUGUUCUUGGAAAAACUGAAAGCACCCAGAUACAAGUCUGUUCCCCCAGCGUCAGGAAAACGACAGCAGUUGAAAAUUCUGCCAGCUACUGCUCAAGUGCGACCAUUUGCAGUGGCGGCAGUUCUGAGGAAUAUCAAGUUCACGGAGGAAAGUUAUAAAAGUUUCAUAGAUCUGCAGGACAAGUUACACCAGAAUAUAUGUCGGAGACGCACACUGGUUGCUAUAGGAACCCAUGACCUAGAUACAGUCCAGAGCCCGUUCGUUUAUGAUGCCAAGCCCCCAGCCGAUAUCAAGUUCAAGGCCCUUAACCAGACCAGAGAAUACACUGCAUCAGAACUCAUGGAGCUGUACUCAGUUGACAGCCACUUGAAGCCCUAUCUACCAAUCAUCCAGGACAAGCCAGUGUACCCAGUCAUCUAUGAUGCCAACGGUGUCGUACUGUCCAUGCCUCCAAUCAUCAAUGGUGAACAUUCUAAGAUCACCCUGAAUACCCGUAAUGUGUUCAUUGAGUGCACUGCUACAGACCUUACCAAGGCGAGGAUAGUCCUGGACACCGUAGUCACAAUGUUUGGCCAAUACUGUGAACAGCCAUUUGUGAUAGAACAGGCAGAGGUGAUACAGCCAGACGGCACCACUCUGGUCUACCCUGAGCUGCCUUACAGAUUUGAAACAAUAGAUGUCUCGGAUGUGAACAAGAAGAUUGGAAUCAAUAUCACAGGUGCAGCGAUGGCGAAGUUGUUGAGCCGUAUGGGGAUGGAGUCAGAAGCCAUCAACGGAGGCAAGAACGUCAAGGUUGAGGUCCCACCCACAAGGGCUGAUGUGCUCCACUUCUGUGACAUUUGGGAGGACGUGGCUAUAGCCUACGGCUUCAAUAACCUGGACUGGACCAUACCCAAUACCAACACCAUCGCCAAUCAGUUCCCGCUAAACAAGUUGACCGAUCUGAUGCGUGCAGAAAUCUGUGCAGCAGGAUUCACUGAGGUCCUCACUUUCGCGUUGUGUUCACGGGAUGACAUUGCAGACAGGCUCAGGAAGGACAUUUCCACCACCAACGCUGUGCAUAUUGCCAACCCUAAGACCCUCUCCUUCCAGGUUGCUAGGACGACCCUGUUGCCAGGGAUACUGAAGACUCUGUACCACAACAAGAACAUGCCCCUGCCACUGAAACUAUUCGAGAUUUCAGAUGUCGUCAUGAAGGAUGAUAAGAAAGAUGUGGGUGCGAGAAACGAGCGACACCUGGUUGCUGUGAACUACAACAAAUCGUCUGGUUUUGAGGUCAUUCAUGGCCUGUUGGACCGUAUCAUGCAGCUCCUGCUGGUACCUCCAGCCCAGGAUGGCACUGGAUACUGCAUACAGGCCACAGACGACUCUACAUACUUCCCUGGUCGCUGUGCAGAUAUUCUGGUUCGUGGAGAAAGUGUAGGAAAACUAGGAGUCCUUCACCCCGACGUGAUCACGGGAUUUGACCUGAACUUGCCGUGUGCGGCACUAGAAAUCAAUCUAGAGGCUCUGCAAUAAGACCUUGUACUGAAAAUGUCUUUGUUCUUUUAUAUAUUUAUUGAUGAAAUGACAGUUCUAAGACAAAAGGAUGUGUUGUACCCAUUAUUUUGUAUUUAAUUUAAAGACAAUGCAGUUGCAAAACGUUGGUGCAUCGGAACCUUUUUUUCAAAAAACGAGGUCUCAACCAUAAUUGCAGCAGUAUGCUGUAUCAUUAACGUUAAAAGUUUCUAAUGGCUCGUUAUGUUUGCAUUAUAUUACUUUAAAAUGCAAAUAUUAGUAUUUAUCAUGUUGACAUUAUUUGUGAGUAUAAGUGGUUGUUUUAUGCACUAAAUGUCAACAACAAAUCACCUUAGUAUUGUAAUGUUAUAAGAUAAUAAAGGCAUCAACAUAG